AUGUCAAUGCGGGACAUUGGCAAACCUCCGGUUCGUGGCAAAACAUCGCCUUAUGGCUUUUUUGUAAAGAUGUGCUAUGAAGAGCACAAAAAGAAGUACCCAAAUGAGAAUGUUCAAGUGACAGAAAUAUCAAAGAAGUGCAGUGAAAAGUGGAAGACUAUGUCCGAUGAUGAAAAAAGACGCUUCUACGAGCUGGCUCAGAAGGAUGCGGAACGGUAUCAAGCCGAGGUGGCAGCGUACGGUGGAGAAGACGCCAUGCGAAAACGAAAGCGUGCAAAGAAAGAUCCUAAUGCGCCAAAACGUGCCCUGUCCGCCUUUUUCUUCUUUUCCCAGGAUAGAAGACCUGAGGUGCAGCAAAUGCACCCAGAGUGGAAAGUCGGACAGGUUGCGCAGGAAUUAGGGCGAAUGUGGAAGAACGUGUCUAUGGACGAAAAAGAUAUGUAUGAAAGAAAAGCCCUGGCAGACAAGGAAAGAUAUGCUGAGGAGAUGCGCGAUUAUAAAACGGCUAUAACGAAGAUUCCCGGUUUGGAGCACUUAGAGGAAGAACAUCACAUGCAUUUGGUUCACGUCGACGAGCACGAUCUACAGCAAGGCCAAAUCGUCUGA